AUGUACAACUAUUACCAGCCAUGUGAUUAUUCCAGGGCAAUCAGCCGUCAAGACGAGGCCUUGGAAGAUCUAAUGCGAGCAACGAGACAGCGAAAACAUCGACCACAACAUUGGGAAAAUCCUUUUCCACGUAGUAACACCAACAGUAGCCAAUAUCAUCAUAGAAACAGACAACAAGUCCCUGUCUAUCAUCAUCAGCUUCAAAAAGGUGAUUUAGUAGAUCAUUAUCAAUAUCCGUCGUGGUCGUCCACUUCUCCACCUUUGCCCGCCCCACCCGCUCCUUUACAGCUGCCGAGAGAGUAUUAUUCAAAGGGCAUGCCGCCACCUAAUGCCUCCAAGACAAAGGCAUGGAUCAACAAAUUGCUCUCUCAUUCAACUCCGGCCGAAGAAGCUCCUUAUCAUUUCAAUGCAAAACCAGCUGUUUCCGAACCCGUGCUUUCUUAUACCAAAGAAAACAACAAGAGCAAUAGCAAUUACGGAAGCACAGACGAUGAGAUUGGUUUGCUUGAUUUAAAAAAUAGAAAACACAAGAACACAAAACAGCGUUUGCCUAAUGUCAAGACAAGCUCGAGACCAACCGUGAUUCCGUCCGUAUCGAACUCUUUGAAGAAAGUGGUGGUGAUUGAUGUCCCUUCUCAUACAACAGUCAUUAUUCGAAACAUAGCAGAUGAUGAUAAUGAGCCUCCAAAAAAAGCGGUAAUGCAUCAUAUAACGGAUAUGAGUCUUAUCAGCUCAUUGUUGAACAAACUCAAUAUUGACUUUUCACCAUCACAAGAAAAGAGAUUGAAUAAAAAGAGAAUGGCCAACAGUAAUGCAAAAGUAGGUCCUAUAAAGAGUGAUUUGGCUUCAAUACAAAGUAGCCAUAGUGUUUCUUCAUCGAGAACUGUAACAAAUGCUAGUUAUUCGCCACCACAGAAAAAGGCUCCGUCUUAUGGAAUUGUAAAAUAUCUCUCAAUGCCUUCUAGCUUGAACCACAAGCAAGAAAAGCCGGCAGCAUUACCAGACUUUGAAUACGUGGAUAGUGAUGAUAGCACACUUGAAGAUGAUUCAAAAGACAGCAAAUCUGAAAUUUCACUCACUCCUUGUUCAUCAGAUUACUUUUCGGUCACUGAAGAAUUUCAAAAGCAACAACAACAAGAUCUCAAUAAAAAGGCUGGCAAGGCUAGCAAGGCUAACAAGACUAAAAAGUGGAUCUUCUAA